CUGUGCCGUCUUUAAGAACGCUGCCUUGAGAAUUGUGGUCCUGUACCCCCUAUAUCAAGACACUCCUCUACAUUUCUCAUCAUUGCUAAGUUAUACUAGUUAUUUCGCAAUGCCUCUUCCGUUCGUAUGCCACUCUGAAGUCGAUGUUCUCAUCAUUGGUGCUGGCCCUGCUGGGCUCAUGUGCGCGAAUGCCCUGGCAAAUGCGAGAGUAAAUGUUCGGAUCGUCGAUCAAAAGGCUGUCAAACUAACUACUGGCGAGGGUGAUGGAAUUACACCUCGCACUACUGAAGUUUUACAGAGUUAUGGACUUGCCGAGCGCCUUCUAAGGGAGUCUUGCCAACUCCAUCUAGCGUCCUUCUACAACCCUUCUGCGACCGGCGGUAUCGAGCUUACUGACAGGAUAGCAAGCGUGACAGCUCCGUCUGCAAGAUACCCAUUCGAGGCUGCGCUCCAUCAAGGAGCCAUUCAAGACAUUUUCAUAGAUUCCAUGACACCGCUCGGCGUUGAGGUUCAACGAUCGACGAUACCAACUUCAAUAGAGCUCUCCAAGGAUGAGAAUGAAUUGGUAGAUCCUACAUCAUAUCCAGUUCGCGUUGUGCUCCAAAGACUGGACAAAUCCGAGGACGAACCACAAGAAGAAAUUGUGCAUGCUAAAUUUGUUGUCGGUUGUGAUGGCGCUCACUCAUGGGUCCGUAAACAAGUCGAUAUUACGAUGGAUGGGGAACAGUCUGAUUCCAUCUGGGGUGUCGUGGAUAUGGUCACACCUGACACCGACUUCCCGGAUGUUAGGAAUAAGGCCCUUAUACAUUCUAACCAUGGUUCAGUUAUUUUUGUUCCUCGAGAACAGGAUCGCAUUCGCAUUUAUAUACAACUAAAGGACAAAGAUGUCAUCAAUCCGAUGACAGGCAGGGUGGACAAGGAGAAAAUGGGUCCAGAGCAGAUUCUUGAAACUGCCCAAAAAUCGAUUGUACCUUACAAGCUCACCCGGAAGAGUGAAUUUAUAUGGUGGACGAUAUAUAGCGUCGGACAACGAGUAGCCUCAAAGUAUUCCAUCAACAAUCGCGUAUUUAUCGCUGGCGAUGCUUGCCACACGCACUCUCCGAAAGCAGGACAAGGCAUGAACGCAAGUAUCAACGAUAGUCAUAAUUUAGCUUGGAAAAUUGCCCUAGUUAUUCGUGGGUGGGCAGACAUGCCCCUUUUGUCAACGUAUGAAUCAGAGCGCCGUCAAUACGCAUUAGACCUGAUUGCGUUUGAUAAAAUGUGGUCCACCCUUUGCUGUGACAAGCCCUUGACUGAGCAGAACGGCGAUGGGGUUUCGCCCGAUCAUUUCUUGAAGACUUUCCAAACAGACUUCACCAGCGGCAUCGGGGUACAUUAUCAACCUUCAGUUGUAGUAAACGACAGAAACCAGGAGCUGGCUAGUGGUCUCGUCCUCGGUAAACGCGUCCCUCCAUACAAAUUCAUGCGUGCAGCAGAUGCAUGGCCAUUCGAGCUCCAGGACCUCCUUCCUUCGGACUUCCUCUUCAAGUUACUCGUUUUUACUGAAAAGAGCUUUCUGAACCGUUACGCGAUGCAUGGGACCUCACGGUUUGACAUCAUCACAAUUAGCAAAGGCCGGAAGCAAACAUUUAAUAUAUUUCUGCUCCCUGCACUUCUUCGCUCUCAUUGGUCAAAGGUGUUUAUCGAUGAUACGGAUCCCACUGGUAGGUUCGGGGGAGAAGGCUACUCGUAUUAUGGAGUGGGAGCUGAGGGUGCUGUUGUCGCUGUUCGUCCUGAUGGCUAUGUUGGAGCCAUCGCGCCACUGGAUCAUGUUGAGGACCUUGAUGCAUAUUUCGCAUCUUUCAUGAAGAUUCCCGCUUAGGUGUAAAAGUGGUCAGACUACGUAGUGAUGCAUUGAGACUGGACCUCGUCGUCGUUACUGCUACAUAAUAUUGCCCAUAGCCAUGGUCGGAGUUGAGGUACCUGGUAAACCGAACCAUGACUCU